AUAUGAAAAACGGUUAAGCAAUGUAGAUGCCCAUUUAUUUUUCUUUCCUUUUCAACUUUAAUUUUGAAGCAAACAUUUUAUACCUUUCCUCCUUUACUUUGUUUGCUUUUCCUUUCCUCUUUCCUCUUUCCUCUUUCCUCUUUCCCUAGAUCUAAAGUUAGUACGGAGACCAAAGAGAGGGAGGGAGAGGGAGAGAGGUGUUCGUGCUGGACGUCGCUGUGGUCCUGCUAGAUCUGUGAUCCAAUCAUUUAGUGAUUGAUCGAUCGAACGAUCUCGAUCUCGUCCUCUCAAGUUCCGACGUUUCUGUAAACUAUUCAUCUUCGAGUUUAAGAAUUUCACUUUCGUCUGUGAUACAGUUAUAGUACUAUAGACAUUUAUAUCACAUCAUAUAUAGAUAUAUUUAGCAUAUGAGAGCAUAAAAUGGGCGCCGCCAAGAAGAAAUCCACUUCCCACACCUCUUCUAGUUCUGCUUCUCAAGAUCCUGAUAUGUCGAUCUCAGAACUACAGGCAAAGCAUCAACAGGAACUAGAAAAUUUGACGCUAACAGCACAACCUUUCAAAACAUUAAAUCUUUUCAUUUUGGCUAGUAUUGAAUAUAUCAAACGAUCAGUAUUAUAUCUUUUGGCGCAUGGUGGGUUGCUUAUGCUUUUGAGUACCUUUGUGACGAUUCUUGGAAUUUUGCUUGUGACCAUUGAUGGUCCUCAUGAAAAGCAUGUUGAAGAGAUUCUUAAAUAUGUACGGUUUGGAUUGUGGUGGGUGGCCCUUGGUGUUGCAUCUUCUAUUGGUCUUGGAUCUGGUUUGCACACUUUUGUCCUUUAUCUGGGUCCUCAUAUUGCAUUGUUCACGAUAAAAGCGAUGCAGUGUGGCCGAGUUGAUAUUAAAAGUGCUCCAUAUGAUACCAUACAAUUGAAAAGUGGGCCCACAUGGCUUGACAAGGAUUGCUCAGAAUUUGGGGCUCCGUUGUUUGCAUCUUCACAUGGUUCACGGGUUCCACUUAGCAGUAUAUUGCCACAGGUCCAGAUAGAGGCAAUUUUGUGGGGCAUUGGGACUGCACUUGGAGAGCUCCCUCCAUACUUUAUUUCAAGAGCAGCAUGCAUGUCGGGUAACAAAUUGGAUGCCAUGGAAGAAUUGGAUGCUUCUCAGUCCAAAGAUAAUGGAGUUGUAGCUACUCACUUAAAUCAAAUCAAGUGCUGGUUUCUGUCGCAUUCACAAUAUUUGAACUUUUUUACAAUUUUAGUGCUUGCAUCGGUGCCAAAUCCUCUAUUUGACCUUGCUGGCAUCAUGUGUGGACAAUUCGGGAUCCCUUUCUGGAAGUUUUUUCUUGCAACAUUGAUUGGAAAGGCUAUUAUUAAAACUCACAUACAGACAGUAUUCAUUAUUUCAGUUUGCAAUAAUCAACUCCUUGAUUGGAUAGAAAACGAGUUGAUUUGGUUGCUUGGCCUUAUACCUGGUUUUUCUUCUGCCCUUCCCAAUCUCAUCGCCAAACUGCAUGCAAUGAAAGACAAGUAUAUGGCAACCCCUCCUCCUGUGCCCUCAAAUAUCAAGGUGAAGAAGUGGGAUUUGUCGUUUGCUUCAAUUUGGAACACUGUUGUAUGGCUUAUGCUUAUGAACUUCUUCGUUAAGAUCGUGACUGCAACAGCACAGAGAUAUCUUAAAAAACAGCAGGAAAAGGAUUUGGCUGCGUUGAGAAACUCUGAGCAUCAAGGCUCAUAAUCGAGCCUGAUCAUUGCAUCUCGAUGAAUGUGUGAACUAACUUUUCCUGCCUUUUUUUUUUUUUUCUUUUUUUGUUGUAUUACUAUUUUCUUCUUUUUAUUCGGUUACAACUAUAAUUAAUGGAAUUUAAGUGACAGCUCUUUCAUAACUAACCCAUCAAAGCAACCGGAAAACUCUAUUCAUCUGAAGUCCUGCCAGAAACUUGUACAGAUUAUUUUUUUAAACUGUUGUGAAUUUUGGCAAGACGAAUUCUUUGCUUGGUCAUCUUUUUGAUUGUAUUUUGGACUUUCGAAGUAAUGAUUAUGGUACUUCAAAAAGCACCUUGGAACAGGCUUA